CCGCUAGAGGGCGAGCACAGACAGAAACACCGGAUGUGAGCCGCCAUAUAACACCGAGAAGAAGACGAGGACCCUCCAGCGCAGUGGCGCCUGCUCUGCAAGUUAACGUCAUUGUUUACAAAGUAUGCUGUAGGACGUAACGUGGGCUACGCUGCCUAUUCCCGAGCACCAUGGCCACACAGAGAGUGCUCCCUCAGAGCAAAGAGAGUCUGCUGCAGAACUACAACAAGAGGCUGAAGGAUGACAUCAGGUCCAUCCUUGACAACUUCACAGAAAUCGUCAAGACAGCAAAGAUAGAGGACGAGACACAGGUGUCCCGAGCAACCCAAGCAGAGCAGGACCAUUAUGAGAUGCACGUCAGAGCAGCCAACAUUGUGCGAGCCGGUGAGUCCCUGAUGAAGCUGGUGUCGGAUCUGAAGCAGUUCCUGAUUCUGAACGACUUCCCGUCGGUGAAUGACGCCAUCAGCCUCCAGAACCAGCAGCUCCGCUCGCUGCAGGACGAGUGCGACAAGAAGCUCACCUCGCUCCGUGACGAGAUCGCCAUCGACCUGUUUGAGCUAGAGGAAGAAUAUUACUCCUCCAGGUACAAGUAGGCUCGUACAUGCCACCAUCCCACUGCCCUUCUGUUGUCCCAUGCCCAGCACCAUGUACUGUCUCUCCUUUAUCAUUUACUGCUGAGCCCGAGGAAGGGUUUAUCUCUGCCGACAUCUAAAUGUGACACCUUCUGGUAACAUUCAUCAACACAAAGCUUUGCUGUGCAUUGUUGUGAUGGAGCUCAUCACACAAAGUGACUAUUCAUUGAUAUUGAUUAGCAAGUGCCUUGAAUCUCCUCUGCUCUAUGAUUUGCCCAGUUAGUGGUCAUUAUGGAAAAAACAUCAGCAUUAAAAGGGGUAUACAACUGAAGAUCAGCAGUGUCAGUGUAUGCAGCUCUUGGGCUCUGGCAGUUCAUGUGUAUUUUGGGGCAUUUGGUGCAGUUUACUGAUGCAGUAUGAAAGCCAGAAGCCAUUUCUGAUCACAAAGAUCAAUUUUGUCAUACAGAACAGAAAGCCUCAGACCCUCAGGUUUGGCAAAUGUUGUCCGGCAAAUAGGAAAGAUGUGUGGUUUCGUGGAAUGUUAUAAUAAGUUCCUAGUUCAGUGUUUGACAUUCAAGUAAUGACCAGAGUGCGUCAAAGUAACUUGUUUUUAAGACCUGGAUGAGCUUUUAGAUGGUUGUUAAAAAAUAUCUGGGUAUGACGACAAAAAUCUUUGUAGUGAAAGUGAACCCCCUUUUAGAACAAGUGCUCAUGAAAGAACUUAAACUAUAUCAGAAAAUAGAUUUUUAUAAUACUUUUGUAGAUUAUUUAUAUAUAAUAUUUAAAUAAUAAACAAAACGGCGGUGACCUAUAUGGUAGAUUUUAAUGAUGACUGUGGAUGGAUGUUUUAUAUAGACUGUAAAAUUAGUCACGACUGUUUAUUUAUUCCUAAAGCCACUUAGAGUUUGUCAAAAAGAGAUUUUCUGUAAAAGCCAUUAGGUAUUUUUAAUUGAUCCGUCCUUAAGACCACCAAGUUCUCAAGCUGUAACCAUGCACACCAUCACACAUGGUGUGGUUGUACAUGUGUACCAGUUUGUGCCAGCUGUUCCAGUAGACCCAGAAUGAUUUAAAAAAUAAAAUAGAGACAAAACACUGCA